GCACUCAACACUGAUCUCAAAAAGCAGAAGUGAGAGGCUGGCGCCCUGGUGUCCUGGGCGAGGACCAGUUCCUUCUGUGGGCAGAGCUGCACCCUCAGCCUGCACUUGGAGAUAAGCAGAGCCUGCUUUACAGCAGCGCUGGUUCCUGCAGAUGCGCAGUAGCACUGUCACCGAGGUCGCUCCUGUCACCCCGUUCAUCUGGCCACCCCGCUCACCUGGUCACCCCAGACAUCUGGUCACCCCAGUGACCAAGCCCUCUGGUUCACAUGGCAUCAGGUGCGGGCGUGCGGCUGCAGGAGGACGCGCGCUGCGCUGUGUGCCUGGACCUGCUACGCGCGCCGGUAAGCGUGGACUGCGGACACAGCUUCUGCGCUGCCUGCGUGCGCACGCUGCUGGAUUCCCAGCCACAGGGCCCUGAACCCCGGUGCCCUCAGUGCCGCACUGCCUUCAGGCCUGAGGGCGUCAGGCCCAACCGGCAGCUGGCGGCGCUGGUGGACAGCGUGCAGCGCCUAUUGCUGGCCAAAGACACCGAGCGAGAUGCAGGGCUGUGCGUGAGGCAUGGCCAGGAGCUCUCACUCUUCUGCAGCCUGGACAGACACGCUCUGUGCGGGGCCUGUGCCGCAGGGGAGGAGCACCGGGGACACAGCAUGGUUGCGCUGCAGGAGGCUGUGGAGGAGCACAGGGUGAAGCUGCAGCUGGCCCUGGAGGGAGUGAGGAAGGAGGUGGAAGAGGUGUCUGCACAGGAGGUGACCAUUGGGAAGAAGAUCGUGGUGUGGAAGAUAGUGGAUGUGCAGAGACAACGAUUCCGGCUGGAGUUUGACAAGUACCGUAGUUUUCUGGCUCUGGAGGAGCAGCUGCAGCUGCGACAGCUGGAGGAGGAGGAGCAGGCGACGCUGCAGAGGCUACGGGACAACAGGGUCCAGCUGGCCCAGCACAGCAAGGCCCUGAAGGAGGUAGCUGAGGAACUGGAGCAGCAGAGCCAGUGCCCAGCCCUGCGUCUGCUGGAGGAUGUGAGUGAGGUCUUGAGCCGAAGGAAGGCUGUCUCACGGCUGGAACUUGAGCCCAUCCCACUGGAGCUGAGAACUGUGUGCUGCAUCCCUGGGAUGAGGGACAUGAUGAGGAGGUUCCAAGUGGACCUGAAGCUGGACCCCAGCACAGCACAUCCCAGCCUGCUGCUGACAGCUGACCUGCGCUCGGUGUGGGAAGGGGAGCUCUGGAGGUCUGUCCCAGGGAACCCUGAGCGGUUUGACACCUGGCCCUGUGUUCUGGGCCUGCAGAGUUUCUCCUCAGGCCGGCACUACUGGGAAGUGAUGGUGGGUGAGGGCGCUGAGUGGGGCCUGGGCCUGUGCAGAGACUCGCUGCCCAGGAAGGGUGAGGCCACCCCGUCCCCUGAGAAUGGCGUGUGGGCACUGUGGCUGCUGCAGGGUGCUGAGUACAUGGUGCUGGGCUCACCGUCUGUGCCACCACUGCAGCCGUGCAGGCCAGGCUGUGUGGGGCUCUUCCUGGACUAUGAGGCUGGGGAGGUCUCCUUCUAUGAUGUCACCCACGGGUCACACAUCUACACCUUCCGCCAGCUCUUCUCUGGAGUCCUGCGGCCCUACUUCUUCAUCUGUGAUACGAACCCACUGGUUUUGCCCCCUGGGCCAGAGGCAGAGUUGGAAAGUGGGGCAUCCUGGGCCCUUCUGGAUCCUGAUGGUCCUGAGACGCCUACCUGAGAACUGGUUGAGGCCUGUGAGGUCCUGUGGGGGGGGGGCAGGCUGUGGGCUCCUCGAGAGACCAGGCUGCACCUGUGUGGGUCUGGGAAGUGUCCUCAUGGGACAGAGAAGGCAUGGAGGAAGCGGGCAGGAGGAGGAGUUUAGAAACAGCACUGUCCACAAACCCUACUUCUGGAUGGCUCCACAUGCAUUCCUGAUGAGUUGUCUUUCAAAUUAAGGCCCCUGCAAAUGAGAUAACACCCUGAAACCUGCAUAUUAACAUGCAGUUCUGUUCGCCGUC